GUCCAAAAAAUUUGCAAAUGUAAAGCAAAUUCAAAAGGAAAAAAUUGAGCAUAAAGAGUUCACUUGCUAAGGCUUCGAAGAUGGUGCGCAUACAUGUGAAGCACGGCGGCGGCAGCGACGGCGACGGCGAGUUUCUCUACGACACUGAAACGUCUUCAACAAUUGAUGAAAUCGCCAAAGACAUAAUCGAAAUAGCGAAUCUCCAAUCGAAGAUUCAAUGCUUCGCUGUCGAAUUCGAGUCUCAUCUCUCUAAGCUUCAAGGCGAUCCUAAAGUUAUGUCUCUGGUGAGAGCUCUCUCCGAAGCUACGUCGUAUGCUUCAAAGGAUCAGGUUAUACAUAACAAACCUCUAUCACUUUAUGUGCUAAGAAAUCACACAAGAAACAUUGAGAAGGAAUAUUUGGUAACGCAUUCAGUAAUGGGAUUAUCAAGUUCCAAUUUACAACAAUUCUUGUCAGACUUGCAAAUUCUUGAAGAAAACACAGUGCAACUUUUAUGGGCAGGAAAAGAGCUCACCAGAGGGAAAAAAUUGUGUGACUUUAUAGGAAGAAAUGAGAAGACAAAGAUCGUUAUAAGGUUGCAGUCACCUAUUCCACCUCCUGCAUCACUCACUGGUGGAGAAAAAUGUUGAAAGAAACUGACGUCGUCUGGUUUUUGAACGACUUUUAAAUGGGAAACACACUCCUUUUGAAUGAUCUUCUUGUAUAAUCCCAUAAAGUAGGGUUUGGAGAGGGUAGGAAUUACUGUUGAAUGAAAACUAUUUAUGUAGACCUUGCAUCUCAACUACCACUAGUAUCCCGAGGAUUCUAAACCUUAAUUCACUACAAGUCAAACUCGGUGAAUCUAGUCAUUAAAUCAUCUAUGUAAAUGUGUACCCGAAUUCAUAUUGCUUUUGGAGUUUCUAUAGGUGUUAUAUUUCUACUAGAUAUGUCUGAUUCCUUAUCAUUAUGCUGUUGUAGUUUAUGCUCAUAAUCUUGCCUAGUUUGAAGUACAUGUUAUGAGAAGUGCAAUGCAUAUGAUUUGAGCU